GAGGAACCUACCUAUCCUCAAGGCAAUAGCACGCAACAAAAUUACUCUCCCCAACGUGGAAAGGUAAUCUUGAAAGCCGUAGCAUAUUUGGCAUCCAGCCAAAAUGAAGUUAUAUUCGGCGAUCGCAGUAUCUUUGCUCGUCUCGCUCGCACAGGCCGCAGCGGGUUGGGAGACGGUCGAUGACGCCGCCGUACAAGCUGCUCAGAAGCUAUUCGAGGAGAGUAUAUUUGGCGUAGGGACAUUUGCAUCCAAGUAUCCGUCGAAUCACCCGGUCCCCGAGCUAAGAGAUCAAGUAGUGGCAAGUCCCGACUAUUUUGCUCCAUGCUUCCUCAAUGGCGACCUACUCAUGCUCGCCAUGCCCGUCUCUCAACACUGGCGCAAUGCGCUCACCUCUCCGCACCGUAACGCCACAUUUUCCAUCGGCUCGAACCCCGAUCCCUCUAUUCCUGAUCCACGGCACGUCAAGUCAUUUCAUUCACGCGUGGCCCCGAAUCUGCUGAAAGGCCACAAGCCGCCGCACUGGGAUCCGAGCAGACCGAAUUGGCGGCGGUUUAUGCCGUCCAAGAAUCGAAUGACGCUCUUCGGGCAUAUCGUACAAGUCCCUUCUCUAUCCUCAGCCAUCUCUCCUGUCGUUUCGAGCCAACACGACGAAGCACAUUCGCUCGCACAAUGCUUCCUCUCGUACCAUCCAGACAGUGCGCAUUGGGCACCCGGCUCCACGGAAAGCCCUCACACUGCGUUCUGGGCCCGCUUCGUCGUCGACAGGGUGUACCACGUCGGCGGCUUUGGAGACGAGCACUUCAUCGGCUUCAUCCCGCUCGAAAAGUAUCGCGAGGCUGUAGGUGCACAGUAUCGUGAGGCCAGUACGACAGUCGCAUUCAUCGCAGAGAACAGGGUCGCCAAGGCGGUUCACAUCGAAGCUCUCUUCGCGUCGUGGUCGGGAGAUGAAAACCCGUCAUUGAUUCUGCAGGGGUGACUCCCAGACAUAAUCAGAUCCUGAGAUGAUCAAGUUGCGGCUUCUGAUGCGCCAUCGUUACUGCCCUGUACCCUACUUUGCCUUCUUUGUAUCAUCAGCCACGAAAGCCCGCUCGUAAUGCUCAUUCCUGG